UUUGCCGACCAAAUCCGAUCUUGCUCGGCUUUGUUUAGUACGGUCUCUAUCUAUUUCACUGUUCACAAACUUCGCCGACAAACUGCAUAUCAGAUCAAUCGAUGAUUCGUCUCGUUUCUCUCUCUAAUUCUCAGGCGACGUUGAUUUCAUUGUCCCGAAGCAUAUUUGGAGCUCAUGGACGCUCCACUGCUCGAGUAAAUGAGAUCCUUCAGAACCAUGUGGAAGUGUCAUCAAAUAGAAACAUACUUAAAGAAUUUAGAACAUUUUGUACAGGCAAAGAUCUGUCUGCUAAGAAGUGCGUGCCAUGCAACUCAGAGGAUAUGAGGCCAAUGACUGAACAAGCAGCAAAUGAGCUGAUUCCACAGGUACCUGAGUGGAAUUUGGUAAAUGAAGGAGGCACUUUGAAGCUGCAUCGGUCAUGGAAAGUCAAGAGUUUCAAUAAAGGGUUGGAGUUCUUUCAGGUUGUUGCUAAUGUUGCAGAAGCAGAAGGUCAUCAUCCGGAUCUUCAUCUUGUUGGAUGGAACAAUGUGAAAAUUGACAUAUGGACCCAUGCUGUCGGUGGACUUACGGAAAAUGAUUUCAUACUUGCUGCUAAGAUCAAUGGGCUUGACCUGCGGAACCUUCUAAGCAGGAAAGCUGUCAAGUGACUAGUGAAAACAAGUACUGCGUACGUCUUGUACAUGUUAAACAAUAGCACGGAAUUGCAGCUUUGUGCUGCAAUUUCUCUUGAUAUAUAUUGUCUACAUGGAGCAUCAUCAUGGAUGUGAUGUAGCUCUUUUCCCUUGUGAAUGUGGUUGCUUCACUUAGCCUUUGUGCAAAGAGAAAUUUACACUGCCACAGCAUGAUUUCCUUUCAUUCAAUUUACAUUUAAAAUUUUUAAUUAGCAUUUCAUUCAAUUUA